AUGGGAUUCUUUGAUGAUGAAGCGCGAGAAAUUUAUAAUGGAAUAGAUAUUUAUGAACUUAAUGAUAUUUUUGAAACUAAUGAAGAUAUUGCUGAGAAAUUAAGAAAUCUCGUACUUAAAGCUCAUAAAAAGUUUAUUCAUGAGAAUAAAAAACAUAUUGGAGAUGAAGAAGAAGUGGCGAUUAAUAGAGCUGGAAACGUUAGAUUUAGAUCUGAUAUAUUAGACAUUGAAUUGUUCCAACAACUUACUGAUAUAAUGAAAAAAUCUGUUCAAGAAAGUAAACAUGUUAAAGCUGUUGGAUCUUUUGCAGGUUCUAGUAAUCUAUCAGAAACAAAUGGAUAUCUUCUAAAACCAAAUAAAAAUGCUUCUGUUACAAAAACAGAUUUGAAAUUAUUAAAUGAAGAAGCUAUAUCUCAAGCACGAAAAGAUAAUAUUGUCUAUUAUGAUGUGAAUUGGGGAACUACAAUUGCUGAAAUUAUUCCAGUCUUGAAAAAGGAUAAUAGGGCUUUAUAUAAUGUCGCUGGAUGGAUGGGACAGGAUAUUGUUGGUAUAAAUGCAACAUCUUCUCAUGGUAGUGGCAUCACUCUACCACCAUUGUGCUCACUUAUAGUUUCUUUAUUAAUGGUUGCUCCAGGAGACAAAAUUUAUAAAGUAGAACCAACAAAAGGAAUCACAAAUUCUUCCAAAUUUACUCAGAAAUUUCCAAAUAUAACUUUAAUCCAAGAUGAUGAAACAUUUAAUGCUGCUAUAGUAACUGUCGGCGCUCUUGGUGUGACCUAUGAGGUGACUAUUCGGACAAUUCCCUUGUAUAACAUUAUAGAAAGAAGGGAAGAAACUACUUGGACACAAGCCAAAUAUAUUUUAAAACAGAAGCCUUAUUCCACAAAUCCCUAUUUAAAAUACCGUAAUACAGAAAUUUGGAUAAACCCAUAUACAGAUUAUGCUUUGAUUACUCUGAGAAAUUUGGCGACAAAAGAAGAUGUUAAAAAAUAUCCAAAGCCCGAGGUCAAAAAACUUUUUCAAGAAUUGUUUGAAUUACCUAUAGUACAAGAGAUAUCAAAAGUUUUGGCUAUUCAUGUGGGCGGGGCUUUGUAUCUGUUAUUGCACCUGUUCCCAAAUAUAGUACCAUUUGCCAUUGAAGAAGUUUUGAGAUCUCAAUAUCACAAAGAUCCAAUUGUUGAUAGUUAUGAAUUAAUUUAUGAUCAAAUCGGUUAUGUAAUUCCAGUAGAAUUUUCAUUCUCAAUGAAGGAUGAUAACUACAUAUUAGGAACAGAGGCAAUUUUGGAAACAAUUAAAGAACUUCGAGAUAAGUACAAUUUAAAUGUCAAUGGACCAGCUGCGAUGAGAUUUUCUGCAGCUUCGCCACAAUAUCUUUCUAUGGCUAAUGGAAGUAGCGAUGAGACCAGAGCAUAUUUGGAAAUGAUGAUUUUGGAUGUUUGGAUUGAUUCUUUUGGUCGUGUAUUUGAUGCAUUGACUGAAACUGCACUGAAAUAUAAUGCAAGAUGCCAUUGGGGGCUAUAUUUUUCACCAAAACUUGAUCAUAAAUAUCUAAUUAAAGCAUAUGGUGCUCAAAAUGUUCAUUCAUUUAUUGAACAAAUUAAGAAAUUUGAUCCAAAUGGUAUAAUGAGUAAUACUUUAUUAAAAAAGUUAGGAUUAACACCCGACGGAAAAGUUACUGAAUUUGAUUUUUGGGAAACUAUUGGUAAAAAGUUUAAAGAAGGGUUAGAUGAGUUUACUAAAGUUCUGACAAAUUUAUAA